GAAAGAAAGGAGGACUCGGCGGCGCCUCUCUGUGGCACCACGGAACUUUUUUAUGGAGCCAGUCGAGGUGGAGAAUGAAGAUCUGUGCAGCGCUCAGAGUUCUCCUGACUAGUGUCCUUCUGAAAGAUGUCGUCUCCAUCAACGUCACGGUCACGCCGUCCCCGUUCACCGUGGUGGCUGAGGGUAACAACGCCAGCCUGUCGUGUCAGCUGAGCCAGCGCCUCACGCCCGACACCCCGCCCGUCGUACGCUGGAUCUUCCAUCCGGCCUCGGGAGGGGACGAGCAGCUCCUGGCCAAGGUGAACCUGAGGAAGUCCAGGUUCUACGGGAACUACACCAAGAGCUUCAUCAGGCCCAAAAUCAAGCUCAUGGUGGUGAAGCAGGGCAGGAUCUACGACCUCCUGGUCCUCAGCGUGUCCAGGGACGACGCCGGUCUGUACAGCUGUCGGGUUCAGGAGUUCAAACAGCACCGCGACAGGUGGAAAGGUUCGGACGUGUCCGCGGCGGCCACCGAACUCAGAGUGCACGUACUCCCAGCCGCCCGGCCCAAGGAGCGACUCUGGAGUCUGUUUGAAGAUGUGUAUCUGUGUGCAGUGCUGAUAUGCUGUGUAGGACUCUUGUGCAUGUGUAUGUUUACCGUGGUCGUCUGCUGCCAGUACCUUCAGAAGAAGAGGCAUUUAAAAGAAAAUUACCAUUUGGUGAAGAGUCCACAGAACAGUUCCGGUGAGACCGUCACUAGUGUGGACAGUCUGUCGCCGGCGCUUCCCAAAAAACAAAGAAGGUAUAAGACGAAGAAAAAAGAUCAGAGGGUCGAGGAACCGCCCGAAAUCCCUGCUAAAGCUCCCAUUUCUGACAAGCCCAGGAAGCCGAAACUUUUAAAACCUCAGCACAGAAAAAUUCUUCUGCCGAAAAUCGCUGAGCAGAGUCUAACGUACGCGGAGCUCGAACUGGUCAAACCUCUACCCGACGCCACAGCUUCAAAGACGGGAACGGUGUACGCCCAGAUCCUGUUUGAGGACCACAUGGUGUAGGGCGGGGCAUUUCUGAAGGAACCUGCUUAUGGUCGUUUAUUUAUAUUGUACAUUUUUAUUAUAGACAGUCUUCUGACUUAUAACGUACGUUAUAUACUGUAUAUAUAUAUUUUUUGGUCUACGUUUACUUCGUAUACAGAUGUAGCGCGGGACGCCAGGCCGACUGAAGAAAGCGUAAACGCAGUAAUGAACGUUUCACCGUGUUAUGUCUGCCGGGUCUCUUUGCUGCAUAAACAGCCAUUUUUUCACCAUCAGUUCCUUAUAACCACUGGCGUUAUCUGGUGCCAGGGCCGACUCCCUGUGCCUGGCCGUGCCCAAAUUAGUGCUUCAGCGUGCACCUUAAUUGAUAGCUUGGGUUCGAAGACUAGACAUGGGCAAAAUAUUGAAAAUCAUAUUUGCGUCUUUCAUCUGCACUUGUUUUGUGUUCGGAGAUUUGAGAAUACACAAGGUCAAAAGUAUGUGGACACCUAUUACAUUUACAUAUUUGGCAUUUAGCAGUCGCCUUUAUCCAAAGCGACUUACAGUAUACAGUCUGAGCAAUUGAGUGUUAAGGGCCUUGCUCAAGGGCCCAACAGCAGUAACCUGGCAGUGGUGAGGCUUGAACCAGCGACCUUCUGAUUACUAGUCAAGUACCUUUACUGCUUGGCUACAACUGCCAAAACAUUUACUGAUUCCUAUCAGUUAUAUUCACGUACACAUUUACAUUUUCGGCAUUCGGCAAACACUUUAGUCCAAAGCGACUUACAGUUGUGACAGAAUACAAUCUAAGCAAUUAAGGAUUAAGGGCCUUGCUCAAGGGCCCAACAGCAGUAACUUGUCAGUGGUGAGGCUUGAACCAGUGACCUUCAGAUUACUAGUCCAGUACUUUAACCCCUAAGCUAAAUAUACUAACAAGUGUGAAGAGCUGUUGGCUCUUUUCGGGUUCUUUUUGAACACAAAGUGAAGUCCAGUCGGUGCAUCUGACCAGUUUGGUGUCCCCAAUCCGUGGUCCGGUCAAUGGUCACAAUUCUUUUCUUCUUUUACAAAAGAUAUGCUGGGCAACGCUGGAACUCAAGGCUCAACCUAUGAAAAAGCAGUUGUAGCCUAGUGGUUAGGGUACUGGACUAGUAAUCCAAAGGUCGCUGGUUCAAGUCUGUCCAGCAUCAAUGUCUGACCUCUAACUGAAAGCCUUAUUAAAAGCCAAAUAAAAGUAGAGACUGUUACAGACACAAAGGAAAAGCCAAAAUCAAGUAAAUGUAGGGCAGUUGUAGCCCAGCGGACUAGUAAUCGAAACCAAUGCCAGGUUGCCACUGUUGGGCCCUUGAGCAAAACCCUCAAUCCUCAAUUGCUUAUACAAUAUACUGUCACAGUACUGUAAGCCACUUUGAGAAAUAAGAUGCCCUUGGUAUAGAAGUGGGAAGUCCAACAAGCUCAUUGCCUGGGUGUCUACAUACUUUUGGCUCAAUAGAGCAUUUAUAUGUAUAUAUAUCACAAGCUUGUGCCAAAGAAAAGUCCUAAAUGUAAAAUGAAACUUCUAAUGAGACUCCAAUUUAGUCAUGUCAGAUUCCCUUUUACAAUAUCUCCGUAGACUGCUGCGCCAACCAGUCGCCAAUCAACGUAGCUUCAAUGUUUGAUUGACCAGAACAUUUUCUGAAUGCAUUUUGUGUAAACCAGUGAUGUGGAACAAGGUUAGCACGAUUAACAUGUACAUUUUAUGCAGGUUUUUUAUAUUGUUUGCUUUUUUAUACAGUAAA